AACUCGAAAAGCGAGCGUCUUCUGAGUGACAUCACUGAUUCUGCGACAGAACGCUAACCGUUUAGCAUGUUGCAGAAAUACAGUAGCUGAAUUUAAUUGUUCUUUUGACUCCGACUUACAAAUGCUCCUUUGUGAAAAGUGUUACCGGUUGCAGACGAGGAUGUGACUGGAUGUCGGUUGUGUUGCGGGACGCAGAAUGGAGACUUGGACUCCCAACCCCCGAGCGAAGCCGUUUAUACCCCGCCAACAAAGAAGCCUGUAUCUCACUUAUAAAUACAAAGUGUUUCAUAAGAGGACAAUUCGCCGGCUCUGUCAGGCUGGCGCUGUACUGUUUCUACUGGUAACAGUCAUAGUGAAUAUUAAACUUAUCUUGGACACGAGAAGAGUUGCCAGUGAAGAAGCAGCAGCUCAAGAAUAUGAGGAUGUGAUGCCCAACAUGGAGACUCCUCGCAGACCGGCAAAUGGGCGCAAGGUUCUUGACAUUGAGGUGUACUCCAGCCGGUCCAAAGUCUAUGUGGCAGUGGAUGGCACCACUGUUCUGGAGGAUGAUAUGCGAGAGCAAGGCAGAGGCAUCCAUGUGAUUGUUCUCAACCAGGCUACAGGUCAUGUGAUGGCCAAGAGAAUUUUUGACACCUACUCACCCCACGAGGAUGAAGCCAUGAUCCUCUUUCUCAACAUGGUGACCCGAGGUAGAGUUCUAAUCUUUACCAUUAAGGAUGAGGGCACGUUCCAUCUGAAAGAUGCUGCCAAAAACUUGCUAAAAAGUCUGGGCAGCCAGGUGUGUCUCAAUCUCAGCUGGAGGGACAUGUGGACUCUGGUGGUGAAGAAAGGAGGUCAAGUAUAUGGUGAAAAGCAUUCGAAAUCUCCUGCUCUUUCCACAUGGGGCGAUCCAGUUCUCCUUAAAACAGAAGUGCAGCUCACUGCCUCUGAAGAGGCAGAGUGCCAUUGGGCCGAUACAGAGUGGAAUCGGCGCAGGAAGCUCUUCUGCAGCAAAGUAGAAGGAUAUGGCAGCAUCUGCAGCUGCAAAGACCCAGCACCCAUUGAAUUCAACCCAGAACCUCUGUCCAAUAAUAGUGUCUCCAAUGUCCCUGUAGCUGUCAUUGCAGGAAACAGACCCAACUAUCUCUAUCGGAUGCUCAGGUCGCUUCUUUCAGCUCAUGGUGUUAACACACAAAUGGUCACAGUCUUCAUUGAUGGAUAUUAUGAGGAGCCUAUGGAUGUGGUGGCACUGUUUGGACUGAAGGGAGUUCAGCAUACACCAAUCAGCAUCAAGAAUGCUAGAGUGUCCCAGCACUACAAGGCCAGUUUGACAGCAACAUUCAACCUUCACCCUGAGGCCAAAUAUGCUAUUGUGUUAGAGGAAGAUUUGGACAUCUCCAUUGACUUUUUCAGUUUUCUGAGUCAGACCAUUCAUCUGCUGGAUGAGGAUGACAGCCUGUAUUGCAUCUCAGCCUGGAAUGAUCAGGGCUAUGAACACACAGCAGAGGAUCCUACCUUGCUCUACAGAGUGGAGAGUAUGCCUGGCCUGGGCUGGGUCCUGAAAAAGAGCCUCUAUAAGGAUGAACUGGAACCAAAAUGGCCAACACCUGAGAAGCUGUGGGAUUGGGACAUGUGGAUGCGAAUGCCAGAGCAGAGGAAGGGUAGAGAGUGUAUCAUACCUGAUGUGUCCCGCUCCUACCACUUUGGCAUCAUUGGCCUUAACAUGAAUGGAUAUUUUCAUGAGGUAUAUUUCAAGAAACACAAGUUCAACACAGUUCCUCACAUUCAGCUGAAGAACGUGGACAGUUUAAAGAAGGAUGCCUAUGAAGUGGAAAUCCAAAACCUGCUUCGGGAGGCAGAGGUGCUUGACCACACGAAGAACCUGUGUGAGGACUCGAUGCUGCCAGACUCUGAGGGGAAAGUGUAUGUCAUGUUCAUUAAGAUGGAGUCGGAGACGGACUCCUUGACCUGGACUGAGCUUGCUAAGUGCCUCCAUGUUUGGGACCUGGAUGUACGUGGAAAUCACAGAGGCCUGUGGCGACUGUUUAGAAAGAAAAAUCAUAUCCUAGUGGUGGCCGUACCAAUCUCCCCAUACUCUGUGAAGAAACCUGCCAAUGUCAUCCCCAUCCACUUAGAGCCUCCCCCCAAAGAAGAGGGUGUACCAGCAGAGCAGCUAUAAACCUCUCGUUCUUGCUCGCUCUGUUUUUCUCACGCACAUGCACUGACUUGUACUCACGACAAACAACACGUUUUAACCAGCCCAGGCCUUAACAAUUUUUUCAACCACGAAUAAUACUGUUCUGGGUGCCCCAACCGAGGUUUAACACCACAGAAUCAGACCCAGUCUGUCUGUUGUUGCAAAGUGACUUUGAUUCUAUUUCCCUUAAAACUGCAGGAUCCUGUUUGAUUUACAGUGUCCCCCCGCUAUACCACAGAAUUUUUGGGGAACAUACAGUAUCUACGUCUUCUUUCUCCACACAUCCACCAUCCACACACAGAUGUAAUUUCUGAAUGUUACUCCGCGGCGGACUAAUAUGCGAAAGCACAUCGGCCUGAGGUUCCGCCUGUGCGCUCGGGACCUGCUUUGGAGUCACAGGAUUUGACGACACCAGAAAAAACACUUCCGCCGCUUCAGCUGUUAAGCAGUAACGGUACUUUGCUGCUCCAUUAUAUGGAAGAAGUUUUCAGUUUAUAGCGAUCGUUUUUAAUCGGUUUUUACAGCUUUUUACAUGAAUAUAAAUACUGUACAGUAUUUAACAUAUAUAAAUAUUGAUUAAAAUGCAGUGUAAAGUCUAUAUUCAAAAUAAUGAACUUUUAACCAGUCUCACUAGAUUUUCAUUCUCUCAUGCUCUGAUUGGCUGUUGGUAACAUCAAGCAAUCUUGGCUAGAACUUUCAAUAUCUACAGUGCUGUGAAAUAGUAUUGGCCCCCUUCUCAAAUUUUUGCAUAGUUUACCCACUUAAUGAUGAAGUUCAUCAAAUGUCAAAAUCAAAGAUAACCCAAGUAAACAUAAUAUGCUGUUUUUAAGAGGCAAUUCAGUAACGAUACUUUUACUCCGUUUCAAUGAUCUAAAUGUUGCUCGCUUCUUUUAUUUAUCAACUAUUUCGACUUCCGCAUUGGGCGCUGUUCGCACCAAUCCAGUUUAAGCGCUCGUGACGUUUAAGUCUAGUUCAGCAAUCGAACGACAAGAAAGUCACAUGACCUGGUUGUCGUGACUGUGACGGCAACGAUGCGCUACUCGUGUUUACAUUUAGACGAACCAAAACAACAGCUUUAAUGUAUUGCAGUAUUUGUCAUUUGGGCACUAUAAAUGUGGACAUUUCAGCCCACUUAUAAUUUGAGAAAACACCUUGCAGUAAAAAACAUUUGAUUUUAUUUUGAUUUUAUUGAUGAUCAUGCUGUGGUUCAAAAAAUCAGAAGUUACUCACCAAUUACUCAGUACUUGAGUAAUUAUUUCACUGUGUACUUUUUACUCAUACUCAAGUAAUUUUUUGGAGGACUACUUUUUAUUUGUCACAUUAUCGUCAAGUAACAGUACUCUUACUUGAGUACAAUAUUUGGCUACUCUACCUACCUCUGGAGCGGACAGCCUCGAUUGGUGCUCUUACCUUGAAGCAACAUUUUUUGCUCAUGAGCUCAGCCCGUGUCGUAUUUUUUGCACUCGUCUUUUGAAUUUUCGCAUUGACGUGCUGCGGAUCGUGGCCCUGGUUGUGGUCCCAGCAGAACCGCGAAGCACACGUAACAUCGGCGAGAGGAGCUGAUCCGCUAGUACAUCUUGUAUUAAUUAGGAAACGCGCCUACAAUUAUCUAAUUAGUUUACAGAUCCAUCCAUUUUCUGUACCGCUUUAUCCUCACAAGGGUUGCGGUCGUGCUGGAUGUUUAUGUUAAAUGUAUUAAGCGACGGUGCGAUGUUAGGGGUUAUGUCACAACACAGAAUUAACUAACUUCAAAUUCAGAAAUGGUCAAAAAAAAAAAACUUAAUAUUUUUCCGGAAGAUGCAUUUGGGAUUACCCUUCAAAGUUAAACAGACAAUGAUUUUAGUCCAUUCUUUUCCAGAAUGAGAGUGCUUAAAGAGGAGGAUGCUAUCCAUGCGACACAGAUUGAAGCAGGCAUCAAGUGCAGGUAGAGAUGGGCCUGGCUCAAAUUGGAGACCAAAACAAAAAAGCAAAGAAAAGAGGCAAAUUUCAUUUUAAUCUUAAAUAUGUACAUGUACUUGAGCGGUAUAAAUAAAUGUUUUUUUCUGCUUGAAGUCUUCCAGACUGCUUAAUUUAUGUUAAAAUCCCAAAAAUUCUCUGCAGGGGCCCGGGGAUCCCCCAGACAACCCUGCAAUGUUUCUGUCACCUUUUUCAUGCCUGUGGUGUUUGCAUGUCUGUACGCAUAUAUUCUGUUUUACUUUGGCUAAUCUUCAUUCCUCUCCUUUACAGUCCAUGCCUCCACCUUUCUAACUCUUCCUCCACCUCACUAUGUCAUCUGCGAACAUCAUGGGCCACGGGGAUUCCAGUCUAACCUCAUCUGUCACCCGAUCCAUCACCACUGCAAACAGGAAGGGGCUCAGGGCUAAUCCCUGAUACAGUCCCACCUCCACUCUAAACUCCUCUGUCAAAUCUACAGCACACCUUACCGGUUCUGCUGCCCUCAUAAAUGUCCUGUAUUAUUUUAACAUACUUCUCUGCUACUCUAGACUUCCGCAUGCAGUACCACAGUUCCUCUCUGGAUACUCUGUCAUAGGCUUUCUCUAGAUCGACAAAGACACAGUGUAGCUCCUUCUGACCUAGUCUGUACGUCUCCAUUAACACCCUUAAGGCAAAUAAUGCAUAUGUGGUACUGUUUCAAGGCAUGAAACCAUAAUGUUGCUCGCAAAUACAGUGGGUACGGAAAGUAUUUGGACCCCCUUAGAUUUUUCACUCUUUGUUAUAUUGCAGCCAUUUGCUAAAAUCAUUUAAGUUCAUUUUAUUUCCUUCAUUAAUGUACACACAAUUGUUGACAUUUUUGCAGAUUUAUUAAUAAAGAAAAACUGAGAUAUCACACAGCCUUAAGUAUUCAGACCCUUGGCUCAGUGUUUAGCAGAAGCACCCUUUUGAGCUAAUACAGCAAUGAGUCUUUUUGCGAAUGAUGUUUGAAGUUUUUCACACCUGGAUUUGGGGAUCCGCUGCCAUUCCUCCUUGCAGAUCCUCUCCAGUUCUGUCAGCUUUGAUGGUGAACAUUGGUGGACAGCCAUUUACAGGUCUCUCCAGAGAUGCUCAAUUGAGUUUAAUUCAGGGCUCUGGCUGGGCCAUUCAAGAACAGUCACAGAGUUGUCCUGAAGCCACUCCUUCAUUAUUUUAGCUGUGUGCUUAAAGUCAUUGUCUUGUUGGAAAGUGAACCUUCGGCCCAGUCUGAGGUCCUGAGCACUCUGGAGAAGGUUUUCAUCCAGGAUAUCCCUGUACUUGGCCGCAUUGAUCUUUCCUUCAAUUGCAACCAGUUGUCCUGUCCCUGCAGCUGAAAAACACACCCACAGCAUGAUGCUGCCACCACCAUGCUUCACUGUUGGGACUGUAUUGGACGGGUGAUGAGCAGUGCCUGGUUUUGUCCACACAUACCACUUAGAAUUAAGACCAAAAAGUUAUAUCUUCGUCUCAUCAGACCGGAGAAUCUCAUGUCUGACCAUCUUGGUGUUUUUUUUAGCAAACUCCAUGCAAGCUUUCAUGUGUCUUGCACUGAGGAGAGGCUUCCGUCAGGCCACUGUGCUCUUAGGAACCUUAAGUGCAGCAGAAUGUUUUUUUUGUAACCUUGGCCAGAUCUCUGCCUUGCCACAAUUCUGUCUCUAAGCUCUUCAGGCAGUUCCUUUGACCUCAUGAUUCUCAUUUCCUCUGACAUGCACUGUGAGCUGUAACGUCUUAUAUAGACAGGUGUGUGGCUUUCCUAAUCAAGUCCAAUCAGUAUAGUCAAACACAGCUGGACUGAAAUGAAGGUGUAGAACCAUCUCAAGGAUGAUCAGAAGAAAUGGACAUAACCCGAGUUAAAUAUAUGAGUGUCACAGCAAAGGGUCUGAAUACUUAUGGCUGUGUGAUAUUUCAGUUUUUCUUUUUGAAUAAAUCUGCAAAAAUUUCAACAAUUGUAUUUUUUUCUGUCAAUAUGGGGUGCUAUGUGACCACUAAUGAGGAAAAAAUGAACUUAAAUGAUUUUAGCAAAUGGCUGCCAUACAACAAAGAGUGAAAAAUUUAAGGGGUCUGAAUACUUUCCGUACACACUGUAUUUGCGAGCAACAGUAUGGUUUCAUGCCUUGAAACAGUACCACAUAUGCAUUAUUUGCCUUAAGGGUGUUAAUGGAGACGUACAGACUAGGUCAGAAGGUCAGUGCCCUCUCCAGGUGGGGGAUGAGAUUCUCCCCCAAGUGGAGGAGUUCAACUAUCUUUGGGUCUUGUUCACGAGUGAGGAAAGAAUGGAACGAGAGAUCAACAGAAGAAGAAGAAGAAUCAUCUUUUAUUGUCAUGAACAUGCAUGCAUGCACACGAAAUUUGUUCUCUGCAUUUAACCCAUCACAGUGAACACAUACACAUGUUAGUGGAACACACUGGAGCAGGGGGCAGCUGAAGCGCCCGGGGAGCAUUUCGGGGUAUCAGUGUCUUGCUCAAGGACACCACAGCCGUGAGUCCGGAGGAUGUUGGCGGAUGGUCCAGUCGGGGUUUUGAACCUAGGUCCCCCACGGUGGCAGGCGAUGAUCUUAACCAUUGGGCCACGGCUGCCCGAGUGAUGCGGACUUUGUAUCGGUCUGUUGUGGUAAAGAAGGAGCUAAGCCGAAAGGCAAAGCUCUCAAUUUACCGGUCGAUCUACGUUCCUACCCUCACCUAUGGUCACGAGCUGUGGGUCGUGACUGAAAGAACAAGAUCCCGGAUACAAGCGGCGGAAAUGAGUUUCCUCCGCAGGGUGUUCGGGCUCUCUCUUCGAGAUAGGGUGAGAAUCUCGGUCAUCCGAUAGGAGCUCAGAGUAGAGCCGCUGCUCCUCCACAUUGAGAGGAGCCAGAUGAGGUGGCUGGGGCAUCUGAUUCGGAUUUCUCUUUAGUGCCUUUCUAACUUCCCCCUUACUAAUCAUUGCUAUUUCCUGGUCCACCACACUUGCCUCUUCUACUCUUCCUUCUCUCAUUUUUCUCAUUCAUCAACUUCUCAAAGUAUUCUUUCCAUGUAUCCAGCACACUACUGGCACCAGUCAACAUUUCCAUCUCUAUCCUUAAUCACCCUAACCUGCUGCACAUCCUUCCCAUCUCUAUCCCUCUGGCCCACCUGUAAAGAUCUUGUACUCCUUCUUCCAUACAUACAUACAUUCAUCUUAUGUCUCUGGUUUGGGCUUUACCACCUCUAUCUUCACCCUAUGUCGCAUCUCCAUACAUUCCUUUCUCAUCUCCUCAGUCCUCUCACUGUCCCACUUCGUCUUAGUUAACCUUUUUCCUUGUAUGAUUUCCUUUACUUUGAGGUUCCACCAACAAGUACUUUCAUGCUUGUCUCGCUGAUCACCUUGGCUAUAGCGGUUCGGUCUUCUGGAAGCUCCUCCUGUCCACCAAGAGCUUGUCUCACCUCUUCCCGAAAAGCUGCACAACACUCGUCCGUUCUCAGCUUCCACCAUAUGGUUCUCUGCUCUGCCUUUGUCUUCCUAAUCUUCCUCCCCACCACCAGAGUCAUCUUACACACAACCAUCCUACGCUGUCUAGCCACAUUCUGCCCUACCACUACCUUACAGUCGGUAACCUACUUCAGAUUACAUCGUCUGCACAAGAUGUCAUCCACCUGCGUGCUUCUACCUCCGCUCUUGUAGGUCACCCUAUGUUCCUUCCUCUUCUGGAAGAAAGUGUUCUCUACAGCCAUUUCCAUCAUUUUUGCAAAUUCAACCACCAUUACUCCCUCCAAGUUCUUUUCCUUGAUGCCAAACGUACCCAUUACUCUUUCAUCACUCCUGUUUCCUUCACCAACAUGUCCGUUACAAUCUGCACCAAUCUCAACUCUCUCUCUGUCUGGGAUGCUCAGAACUACUUCAUCUAGCUCCUUCCAGAAUGUACCUUGCACAUCUAGGUCACAUCCUACCUGUGUCACACUAUACAUAACACCCUCAAUUUCAGGUUUUGGCCUCAUCACUCGAUCUGAUACUCUUUUCACUUCCAAGACAUUCUUUGCUUACUCUUUAUUUGAAAUCACCCCUACUAAAUUUCUCUUCCCAUCUACACCACAGUAAUUUUUUUUAACCCAGCCCCAAAAUGGCUAGCCUUACUGUCUUUGCACCUGCUCUCCUGGACACACAACCGUUGCCCUAAUCAUCAUGUCAACCAACUCCUGAGCUUUUCCUGUCAUAGUCCCAACAUUCAAAGUCCCCAUGCCCUAAUCAUCAUGUCAACCAACUCCUGAGCUUUUCCUGUCAUAGUCCCAACAUUCAAAGUCCCCACAUUCAGUUCUAGGCUUAGUGCGUUCCUCUUUUCUUUCUGCCUAAGGACCUGCUUUUCCACCUCUCCUUCAUCUUCAUGCAUGAAUUGUGGCUAAUCACAAUUUUUGGUUAAUUUUCACUGAUCACACCCAAGCCUGAUAACCUCCAGACCUAUUCAAUCAAGAAAUCACUUAAACAGAACCUAUCUGACAAAAUCAAGUUGUACAAAAAUAAUCGAAAACAGCCAGUGUUCAUGACACAACAAUAAGGAAGAGACUAGGAAAAGUGGCAUCCAUGGCGGAGUUCCAAGGCAAAAACCACUUCUGACCAAAAACAACAUAAAAGCUUGUCUUACUUUUGCAAAAAAAAAAAAAACAUCUAAAUGAUUCCCAAGACCUUUGGGAGAAUAUUAUAUGGACUGAUGACAUUAAUUUUGAGCUUUUUGGAAGGUGUGUUUCCUUACAUCUGGCGUUAAUGUAGCACAGCAUUUCAGAAAGAGAACAUCAUACCAACAGUCAAACAUGGUGUUUGUAGUGUGAUGGUCUUGGGCUGCUUUGGUCUUUCAGGACCUUGACAACUUGCUGUGAUUGAUGAAACCAUGGAUUCUGCUCUUUAACAGAAAAUCUUAGAGAGUGUUCAGCAAUCAGUUUGUGACCUCAAGCUGGAGUGCACUUAGGUUCUGCAGCACAUUAACGAUCCAAAACACACCAGCAAGUCAACUUCUGAAUUGCUUAAACAAAAAACAAAUGAAGGUUUUGGAGUGGCCUAGUCAAAGUCCAGACUUUAAUCCGAUUGUAAUGCAGAGGCAUGACCUUAAAAAUGCCAUUCAUGCUAAAAAAUCUUUUGCUGAAUUCAAACAAUUCUGCAAGGAAGAAUGGGCCAAAACAGCUCCAUUGAGACGUGAAAGACUCAUUGCCAGUUAUACGAAACGUUUGCUUUCAGUUGAUGCUGCUGAGGAUGGCCCAACCAGUUAUUAGGUAAAGGGGGCCAUUACUUUUUCACACAGGGCCAGGUGACUUUAAAUAGUUUUUUUCCCUUAAUAAAUGAACUCACCAUUUAAAACAGCAUUUUCAGUUCACUUGGGUUUUAUUUGUCUGAUAUUUACAUUUGUUUGAUGAUCUUAAACAUUAAAGGGGGGAAGCUAUGCAAAAAUCUAAGAAUUUCAGAAUGGGUCCAAUACUUUUUCAUGGCACUGUACAUUUGUUUGAUGAUCUGAAACAUGAAAAUGCGGAUAAUGGGAAAAAAAAUGGGGGCAAUACAUUUUCACAGUACUGUAGUUUAUAAUUGUGGAAGCAGAGAUGGAUGUACUUCGGGAAGGACGGAGUUAUGCUGCUGUUUUAUUGAGAACGCAAGACGGGAAGUUUGGUUUCGACUCGACUAUGGAACGCCAUACCUGUACCCAUUCACAGCAGUUAUCAGUACUGUGAUGUAUUUUCUAUACUUUGUCUUGCGUUUUUAUUUGUAUUUUUUUGCAUUCAGAUACGUUUACAAUGCAUUUAAAAGGUGUGUUAUCAUGAGUUUAGACAUGCCUAAAACGUGUUGGAGGGGUAAAACUACAAAAAAAUAUAUUUUUUUUUUAGAAAAUGGUGACUUUCACCUGUGGAUCAUAUCCCCGUGAUAAACAGGGGUUCACUGUAUCUGCUUAACAGAAAAAAACAUUGUAAUCAUAUUUUGGUACCAGAAUUCUUUUACAUCCAAAUUUCUUUGUUUUCAUUUUUUUAAGUACUGAGUGCUUCAGUCCAUUCUGUACAUACUGUAUGUUUGAACUUCUCUAUUUAUUUGCCUCUUAUCAAUCAGCACAUUUGUUUUUUUUUAUCUGGAUCUGUUCUUUAUUUUUUUUAUAGAUCUAACAAAAUGAUGAGAUCAUGUAAAUGCAUACCGUAAUUUCUCGUGUAUAAUGCGCACCACCAAAAUUGACCUCAAAAUUCUGGAAAACCCCUCUCCCUAUGUAUAACGCAUUUUUACAAUGCAUGAUUUCGCUUCUACCCAUAUGAUCAAAACAUGAAGUAUUAUCUGUAUUUUGUUUGGGUUUUUUUUCAAGGGAUUUUUCUGGUUCAGCACUUUAUUUGAACACGUAAUUCUUUUUAUUUACUUGCUCUUAUUUUGAAAUUCACAGUCCAACUUUUAUUGGUAAAUGAGAAAACACAUAGUUGUGCUCAUAUGUUUGAUUACCCAGGCAUAAUUUUUAAGAUGUGUAGAAUUCUUUAAAGAAAAAAUGAAGGACCAGGCAAACACAUUUAAUUCAAUUUUAAUGGGAUUGAAAUUAAACUGUCUAGCAUUUCAGAAAAAAACAAUCAAAACAUAAGCAUAAAGAAAUUAAUGAUGGUUGUUCAUUCAGUCGUAUUUUAAAAAAAAAAAAAAAAAAAAAAAAAAAACAUUUCACAAAUUCUGCCUACACCUACAGAACACCUUUUUCAUAACCUCUAGGUGGCGAUGGCAUACUAAAAAAGUGUACACCUUUCUCAUAACCUCUAGGUGGCGCUGGCAUAUUGGAAAGAAAGUGUAGAGCUUUUUCCAUAACCUCAAGAUGGCGGCAUACAUUUAUAAAAUGUGAAAGUUUGUUUUAUUUUCCCCUAUACCUAUGUAUAAAGUGCACUAUGGCCUUUUAACAUUUUUUUUGGGGGGUGGGGAAUGCGCAUUAUACACGAUAAAUUACGGUACCUAUGUAUUUUGAUACAAGAUUUUGUGUUUGCAUAUUUUUAAUUACAGAGAGUUUGAGUGAAAAAGUUCUUUAAAGAGCCCUGUUGGUUUUUAAUAUUAUUCGCUGCAUGGCUCAGUUUUCUGAUGGUGCAUCAAACUCAGAAAAUAUUCACAGUUUGAGGCUGCAGCAAAUCAAAUUAUUAAUAUUCUCAUAGAAAACCACUUUUCUGAUAUUCUGUUACAUUUAAAAUCUGAAUCUUAAUCUUGUGGCACGGUGGCUGACUGUUUAGAACGUCUACCUCACAGUUCUUCGUACCCUAAUUCGGGAUUCCGGUUUCCUCCCACAUUCCAAAAUCAUGCAUGGUAGGUUGAUUGACGACUCUAAAUUACCCGUAGGUGUGAAUGUGAGUGGAAAUGAUUGUUUGUUUAUAUGUGCCCUGCGAUUGGCUGGCGACCAGUUGAGGGUUUACACCGCCCAAAAAUAGCUGGGAUAGAGUCCAGCACGCCCGCAAACCUGGUGAGGAUAAGCGGUACGGAAAAUGGAUGGAUCUUAAUCGUUCUUGUUUUUGUUACAUCCAAUGACAGGACGAAUGUGUUUACAUCAAUACUACAUUCAGUCGGCGUGUCCUCAACAUUCAACCGUAACAAUAUAAAUUUGUGAGUACCUGAAAUUGAAAGCUGACUUUGCUUUAUUUAAUUGACUUUGCAAUUGCUUAAAAAAAUAUUGAUAGUUCCUGUAUUACAUCGCUGAAGGAGGUCCAUUGAAAGGCGGCGUACAAACCACAUUUGAGUUAUUAUAUAAACCCCAAUUUCAAUGAACUUGGGACAUUGUAUCAAAUGUAAAUAAAAAUAGAUUGCAGUGAUUUGCUAAUCCUUUUAAACCUGUAUUCAAUUGAAUACACGACAAAGACGA